AUGAAGCUUCAGUUGCAGUCCCUGCAAAUUGUGUGCAGCACGUCUUGGCCGGAAGAGGACCUAUGUUGUGAGAUACCAGCUUCGAGGGAUGAAGAAGCGUGUCCCAGCCUGCUUCCUUCCUGCACCUGCACAUCUGGCAUCCCAGGACUUCCUGGGCCCCCAGGCCCUCCGGGCAAUCCUGGGAGGAGGGGCCUCCAGGGAGAACAGGGGGAGCCUGGCCCCAAGGGACCACCUGGUCUUAAAGGUGAUAAAGGGGACAGCGGAAGUCCAGGAAUACAGGGUAUGAUGGGUCCCCAGGGAGCAGCAGGUAAAGAUGGCCCUCAAGGAUCAAAGGGAGUUCGAGGACUCGAAGGAGCAGCUGGACCACCAGGGCCGCCAGGACCACGGGGAUUCCAAGGCUUAGCAGGGGCCCGGGGUAGCCCUGGAGACAGAGGGCCCCCAGGAGAAGUCGGACCCACGGGGCUUCCUGGACCAAAAGGAGAAAGAGGGGAGAAAGGUGAAGCGCAGUCCUUGUCUACUAUUUAUCAUCUGGUAAACCAAGCUUGUGAGCGUCUGAUCCAGUCUCAUGUGUUAAAGUUUGACACUUCCGUUCACGAACAAUCGCGGAAACCUGUCCCUGUCCGGGAGGAUGAACCAAAGGCUGGAGCGCCUGGACCAGCUGGUCUUACCGGUUUCCCUGGAAUGAAAGGCGAAAGAGGAGAAAUUGGGAUGCCUGGACUUCCAGGGAGAGAUGGAUAUCCAGGAGAAAGAGGUGUUUCUGGUCCCAAGGGAGAAAAGGGCUCUUUUGGACAAAGGAUGGAAGCUUCUGAAGGACCAAGAGGUCAAGCAGGUCCUCCAGGAGAAAUGGUGAUUGGCCCACAAGGCUCCAAAGGACCUCCAGGUAAUAUUGGUCCUUCUGGAUUCCCUGGGGCUCGUGGUCAGCCUGGAGAUCCUGGCCCUGCAGGUAGAUGUCUUCCCACAGGAUGCCACAGAGAUAAUACAAGAGAUGCAAGGCUGCUCCCCUGAUCAGAGGGACGAUGCUGUGGAUCAAUUCUGUUUUUUUUUCCAAUACUUUUUUUAAUUACAAGGACCCACAAUUGCUUUUUUUCUUUUUGUAAAUUGCUCUAUUUUGUCCACUAGGAUACGCAUCAUUAUGCCUUGUGAUUUAUUGGCAAUUAGUUAAUUCAUUGAUCAUACAUUCCAAUGGUGGGAUUCAGCCGCUUCGCACCACUUCGGCAGAACUGGUAGCUAAUUUUUUUGUUGCUCAGGCUCAGAAUGGAUUUCCGGAAGCGGCAUCCACACAGAGAACCGGUGGUUCCCAUAUUUGAAUCCCUCCACUGAUACAUUUUACUGGAUAGUUAAAACCAUAUUUUGGAUAUCGGUUCUGUGGGAUCCUUGGUGCUGAACGUGGUUUUUUUUGUGCAGACAUUUCAUUACCCAACUAGGUAACAUCAUCAGUGCUAAAAGGGAGUGGGGUCUGCUCUCUUGUUAUAUACAAUUGGCUUGCUCUGUCAGUGCUGAUGGAAGUGUUCUUGCUGGUUCCUUGAUUAGGUUGGUGAUCAUUUACUGCUCAAUUGUUGGUCUAGUAUUGAUCUUGGUGUUAAUCUGUGCUUAUCUGGGUAUUAUUGCUGGUGAGGUUCUGGUUUUUUCCCCUUUAGCAAACAAAAGAGCAAAAGACCUUCUCUGCCAGCAAUCAACACCCAGAUAAACCGAGAUUAACACUAAGAUUAAAUUUCAGACAAACAAUCAAAGAUUAAAGAACAGCCUAGUCAAGGAACCACCAAGAACACCUGUCCACCAACACUGACAGGGCACGACAUUAAGAUAUAAACAGAGACCAAUGGCUUCCCCAUUGACUUUGCUUGUCAGAAGGUCACAAAAGGGGAUCACAUGACUCC